CAUGAAGGUCGAAAACAGGACGCUUGUGGUAUCUGGAGGAUCUUCUGGCCUUGGUUUGGCCACUGUCGAGGAUCUACUCUCGCAAAACGCCUAUAUCUCCAUCCUCGACCGUUCACCACCGCCAGAUUCCAUUUCUCACAACCCAAAAGUCAAAUUCUUCGAGACAGACAUCACGGUCGUGUCUGCCAUCCAGGCCGCUGUGAACAGCACUGUCGAGUGGGCAGCGAAGACAGGAGCGCCUCUUGGGGGAGUGGUCAACUGUGCUGGUGUUGGAACGGCAAGCAAGAUCAUAGAUGCACACGGGCAACCACAUAGCUUGGAUCUAUGGGACUUCACUCUCGCUGUGAACCUCACAGGCUCGUUUAAUCUGACGCGGUUGGUGUUGGAACAUCUUGUGAAAGUCGAUCCGGAGCCAGGACAUGACGGAGAGCGAGGGGUCGUUGUUUUCGUGGCGAGCGCUGCAGCGUUCGAGGGUCAACCUGGGCAAACUGCCUACUCCGCCACCAAAGGCGCCUUGGUCUCCAUGACCCUCCCCAUGGCUCGCGAUCUCUCACGGCACGCCGUCCGCGUCGUGACCAUCGCCCCAGGUGUCUUCGACAGCAGCAUGACUGCCAACUUCCCUGCCAAGACACGCCGGAGUCUCGAGAGCGAGGGCAUCAUCUACCCACGCCGCUUUGGCCAGCCAGUGGAGUUCGCGAAGACCGUGAGGUGGAUAUUGGAUUGUCCGUAUGUGAACGGAGAGACGAUACGGUUGAGUGGGGCGGGUCGGUUGCCUGGAAAACUAUG